GAAGGAAACACAGCAUUGCAUCUAGCAGCCAAAAAUGGUCACAGAGAAGUUGUAGAAAUUCUGCUUGAACAGUGGGAGGAAAUAAAUGACCUCAAUCAGAAUGGAGAAACUCCAUUUUACUUGUCUGUUGAAGGAGGCCAUGACAAAUGUGCUGAACUCUUACUGGAAGCAGGGAGUGACAUCAACAUUUUAACUCAAAACAAUAGCAGUGCUUUGCAGAUUGCAAUUCAGAAUGGACAUCUAUCCUUGGUUACUUUUCUUAUUGAUAAGAAUAUUGACCUGGUUCCUAAACCUGAGCAGAAGAAUUCUUCUCUUCAUUUAGCAGUCAUCAAUAAUCAUCUACCGGUAGUAAAAAUCCUCUUGGAUGCCAAUCAUGACAUAAACUCCUUAAAUCACAGGCAGGAAACCCCUCUACAUCUGGCAGCUGAUCUUGGCAAUGUGGAGCUGGUGGAAGUGCUGCUGAAGGCAGGCUGCGAUCUCAAGACCGUGGAUAAGCAUGGAAAAACUGCACUAGCUGUGGCAUCAAGGAGCAAUCAUGCCCUCAUUGUAGAUAUGAUCAUUAAAGCAGAAAGGCAUUACGCCAUGAAACAGGAACAUCUAGCUCAUUGUGAUGAUGGGCCAGACUUCAGCUUGUCCUUCAAACAAGAUCACAGAACACAGACCAAGCAAAUCCGUUCCUCCCUCUGGAAUCUAGCAUACAACCAGUUAAAACCCCAGGAAUGGAAAAAACUGGCCCUGUUCUGGAAGUUCACAGAUGAACAAAUUAAAGCUAUUGAAGAACAAUGGACAGGGGAAAAAAGUUAUAAGGAACAUGGAAACAGAAUGUUGCUCAUCUGGUUACAUGGUAUAUUGCUGGCUCAUCAGAAUCCUGUCAAGCAUAUAUAUGAAGACUUGGUGGAAGCAGGAUUUCAGUCUUUAGCUGAGAAGAUCAGAGCUGCAAGUAGCACUGACAUCGACUCCAGAAAAUGUGCAAUUUCAUGA